CCCCUCCACCACCCCUCCACACCCCCCGAACGUCGCCCGCACCGCCGCCAUCAUGUCGCAGGUCCACGCCCUCUCCGACGACCAGGUCGCCGGCGAGCUCAAGAAGAUGACGGCCUUCAUCCGCCAGGAGGCCAUGGAAAAGGCAAACGAGAUCCGCCUCAAGGCCGACGAGGAGUUUGCCAUUGAAAAGUCCAAGCUGGUGCGCCAGGAGCAGGCCUCCAUCGACGCCGCGUACGAGAAGAAGUUCAAGCAGGCCAGCAUGUCGCAGCAAAUCACGCGCUCCACCGUCUCCAACAAGAGCCGGUUACGCAUCCUGUCGGCCCGCCAGGACCUGCUCAACCGCCUGUUCGAGGACGCCGAGAAGAAGCUGGCCGACGUAUCCAAGGACAAGAACAAGUACCAGGGCAUCAUGGCCAAGCUCAUUCUCGAGGGCGCAUACGCCCUCAACGAGGACAAGCUGCAGGUCAAGGUGCGCAAGGCCGACAACGACCUGACUAAGAAGGCCAUCGACGAGGCCCAGGCCGAGUUCAAGAAGACCAUGAGCAAGGACGUCGCCAUCACCAUUGACGAGAGCGACCCGCUGCCCGAGGGAUCGGCUGGCGGCGCCAUCAUCGUCGGCACAAACGGCAAGAUUGACAUCAACAACACGUUCCAAGAACGGCUGAAGCUUCUCGAGUCCCAGGCCCUGCCCUCGAUCAGAGUUACCCUCUUCGGCGAGAACGACAACCGAAAGUUCCACGACUAGACGCUGUUCCUGUACUCUAAUCAUCACGACCAUAGCAUUUCAUCUUCACCCACACGACGGCGCACAUGGACACACGUGUGCGUUGCGUCGCUGCACCUGGCGCGGAAUCGUCUUUUUGCCGAGUAUAUGUACUGUCGACACACGGGAGACGGAAGAGGGGUUUGUAAACUACUCGGACAAAGAUAUAGCGAGUCAACGUUUAUGCAC